AUGGCUGAUCAGAGUACAGAUAUCAAAGUUUCUGAAAUUGAAAACAAUUAUAGUACUCCAGCUAAUGAUCCUAAAAAUAUGCAAGAGAUCACGCAGUAUGUCCAAUCGCUCAUGCAAAAUAUGCAAGACAAAUUCCAAAGCAUGUCAGAUCAAAUAAUUAACAGGAUGGAUGAGAUGGGUACGAGGGUUGACGAGCUCGAGAAGAAUAUCACCGAUUUGAUGACACAGGCAGGAAUUGAAAACGAAAAGUAG